UGAAAAGGGAGAUUCUGGCGCUGGACAACGGCAGAAACAGCAACUACUUCACCAGGGACGCAAGAAAACCACCACAAUGAAACCCAGACGCCCUCAGUCCUCCCUCUUCUUCCUCCUCCUAGCCCUCUUCCAGUUUGUUUAUGGACAGUAUGAAUAUUUGGGCUACCCUUCCAACUACCCCGAACCAGAGCAUGAGCAGUACCAGCCCCCUCAGCUCUCCCCGGACGUACCCAGGAUCCAGCUGCGAUUGGCGGGGGACAAACGUAAACAUAACGAGGGCCGUGUGGAGGUGUUUUAUGAUGGACAGUGGGGGACAGUCUGUGAUGACGAUUUCACCCAGCACGCGGCACAGGUGGUCUGCAGGGAACUGGGGUACGUGGACGCAGUUUCAUGGUCCCCAUCUUCAAAGUAUGGCAAAGGGGAAGGGCCCAUCUGGUUUGACAACCUCCACUGCACGGGGACGGAAAAGACCCUGGCGCAGUGCCCAUCCAAUGGCAUCGGGGUGUCGGACUGCAAGCACACCGAAGAUGUGGGGGUGGUCUGCAGCGACAAGAGGAUACCUGGAUUCAAAUUCGUCAACACUAUGGCCAAUCACAUAGAGAGCCUUGACAUCCAGGUGGAGGACGUGCGUAUUCGAGCCAUUCUAUCGUCCUAUAGGAAGAGGGUGCCCGUUACCGAGGGUUACGUGGAGGUCAAAGAUGGCGGUCGUUGGAAGCAGAUCUGUGAUGCUGAGUGGACUCAACACAACAGCCGUGUCAUCUGUGGCAUGUUCGGCUUCCCAGGGGAGAAGAAGUACAACGCUCGGGUCUACAAAAUGUUUGCGCGCAGGAGGAAGCCGACAUUCUGGGACUAUGCAGUGAACUGCACGGGCACAGAGGCGCACCUGUCCAGCUGUAAAUUAGGGACACAGCAAGCCCCACUGGUGAAGGCAAAUGGGACCUGUGCCGGGGGGCUGCCCGUGGUGGUGAGCUGUGUGCCCGGGCGAGCCUUUGCACCCACCCCCAUGACGGGCUUCAGGAAGGCUUUCAGGCAGGAGCAGCCCCUUGUGCGUCUGCGCGGAGGGGCCAUCGUGGGCGAGGGCCGUGUGGAGGUGCUGAAGAACGGGGAGUGGGGUACCAUCUGUGACGACCGCUGGGACCUGGGCUCAGCCACAGUGGUGUGCAGAGAGCUGGGCUACGGCACCGCCAAGGAGGCCCUGUCCGGAGGGAGGCUGGGCCAAGGCAUGGGUCCGGUGCACAUGAACGAGGUGCAGUGUUCUGGCUUUGAGAAGUCCAUCACAGAGUGCGCCUUUAACAAAGAGACGGCCGACUGCAGUCACGAAGAGGACGCAGGGGUCAGGUGUAACGUGCCACACAUGGGCUUCCAGGAGAGGCUGCGUCUGAGUGGGGGCCGCUCUCCGUACGAGGGCCGUGUGGAGGUGCUGGCUGAGAGGAACGGCUCUCUGGUCUGGGGCACAGUGUGCAGUGAGGGCUGGGGAGUCAUGGAGGCCAUGGUGGUCUGCAGGCAGCUGGGACUGGGCUUUGCCAGCAAUGCUUUUCAGGAGACGUGGUACUGGUCAGGGCAGGUGAGCGCAGAUGCUGUGGUGAUGAGUGGAGUCAAAUGCUCCGGCACAGAGAUGUCCCUGUCCCACUGUCUACACCACGGAGCGCACCUGCAGUGUCCCAGAGGAGGAGGGCGCUAUGCAGCUGGGGUCUCAUGCUCUGAUACGGCUCCGGACCUGGUUCUCAACCCUCAAGUGGUGGAGCAGACCACGUACAUGGAGGACCGGCCCAUGUUCAUGCUGCAGUGUGCCUAUGAGGAGAACUGCCUGGCCUCCACCUCCAGCUCUGCGCCUGCUAACACCCACCGCCGCCUUCUACGAUUCUCCUCACAGAUCCACAACAACGGACAGUCCGACUUCAAGCCCAAAGCCCACCGCGAGAGCUGGGUCUGGCACGACUGUCACAGGCACUACCACAGUAUGGAGGUGUUCACACUCUACGACCUCUACAGUCUCAAUGGGAGUAAAGUGGCCGAGGGACACAAGGCCAGCUUCUGCCUGGAGGACUCAGAAUGUGACGAAGGUAUUGAGAAGCACUAUGAAUGUGCAAACUUUGGAGACCAGGGAAUCACAGUGGGCUGCUGGGACACGUACAGACAUGACAUCGACUGUCAGUGGGUGGACAUCACCGACGUCAAGCCUGGAGACUACAUCUUCCAGAUUGUCAUAAACCCCAAUUACGAGGUGCCCGAAACGGAUUACUCCAAUAACAUAGUGAAAUGCAGGUGUCGAUAUGACGGCCACAGGAUCUGGAUGUACAACUGUCACAAUGGUGGUUCAUUGAGUGAGGAGACAGAGCAGACGUUCCCAGGUCUCAUCAAUAACCAGGUCACACACAGGUAAAGACCACAGCAAAACUCAACCAGAUCCACAGAUCCAUGGACCCAGAGAACCAGACCGAAGAGGAGUCUACUGGGUCCAAGUCCCCAGAACCCAGGACAGGCCUGGGUAUCUCGACCUAUGCAACUAUAGAGGACUUCAUAGAACAAUAUAGAACAAAUAAAAAGGACUUCAUAGCAGUAAUACACUCCUCUCACUGGAGUUGAUUUGGAUUUCUUACCUGUUGCAAAGAGACUGGGUCAUUCUUAGACCCUUAAGUCGCCCUGGAGACUGUGGAUAUCUUGCUUAAAGAAAAGUGAUAUGCCGUUUGAAAAGUACUUACAUGUGUCUAUCCUUUAUAGCUUCCUCUGACAACACACCGCUAGCUCGCAUUGUGCCGCUAUACCUCAGAUCCACGAGUCUAUUAUGCAUUGUUCAAGCUAUCAAGUGACUUUUAAAAGUGCUCUAUGUAACUUUUCAGGUGGAAGAUUUCUCCACCAGAAAGAAAAGUGUUAAUAAAUAAAAUGAACCACCACCAGAAGUUGCAUAGUGGACAGGGAUAGGAAUGGAAUGUUUUUGAUAGUAGCGUUCUGGUGCCUCCUUCUUUUAAUAUUUUAAUAUUAUAAGGAUGUGAUUCGUUGUAGUUAGGAAGUAAACAUUACAUACAUACCAAAGCAGAGAUGUACUAAUGAUACUUAAGUUUGAGUAAUGUGGGAAUUGUAAAGGUGCACUGUAUAAUGUUUCUGCUGAGGAUGUUCCCAUGUAGAUGCUAUUGCUUUGCAUGGUUCCACAGUAUGGUAUUAAAGGUAGACAUCUAGCACCUAUUUAUUUACAGGUGUUUUAUUAAAGCUACCAUCUGUAACUGGACUGGCCGACUUGCCCCUGUUGCAUUCUCACAUAUCACCUGCCAAAUCCACUGACCCACAGCUUAGCUCCCACAGAUGAAUACUGUUGUGUCUGUGCGGUGUCGUACACUGGUCUGUGAAUGUGUGUGAGAAUGGGUGAGUGGUUUGUUGAUGUAAAGUGCUUUGAGUGCCUUGAAGGUAGAAAAGCUUUAUAUAAAUGUGAACAUUUACCGUAGAUGCUAUGUAUGUAGCUGCAGUCUGAUAGUGUGCCAGCAGAGGGCACAGGUGAGUCUGGACAAAGGGAGGAGGGAAGUUUCACAUCUGACAUCUACUGGCUUUAAAGCCAUACUGUGGAACAUUCUAGGCAAAGCAAAACCAUUUCUAUGAAGACAAACCAGUAGCAGACCCUCCACCAGAAAAGUUACAUAGUGCACCUUUUAAGGUUUGACUUUUUAUCAAGGGCCAGCUUCUGCUUUUGCUCCUAUUCAUAACUGUUCAAACAAACUGCCACAUGUUCGUUUCUGCCUUUUUUACUGUUUUGUCAGGAUGGACACUUACAUUUCUUCCAAUCAGUUCAUGUUAUGGGCCUUUCAUAGUAUUUUGUAAUUGUAAACACAUUUUAGAAUAAUAUUUUAAUAAUCUGGAUCUCGUGAGAUUGAUAUGUGUAGUCUCUGAAUAUUCUACACCUCAAUCUGGGAUGGCUCUCGCUGAAUGUUUCAACGCUCUGAUCAUUGGUUCUGAACACUAAGACUUGACGUUGAUUGGUGGAAGCAUCACAACAGCAGAACAAGUUGAAAAACUUUAGUUAAAUCCAGAAAAGCACAUGCAUCUUAUCUGUCGACAAAUGCACAAAGCGCUUCCCUCUGCAUGUUUUUCACAAACAGAAUAGUCUCUGUCCUCUAAAGUAGGCUGAAGUACAUCUGCAUCACCCAAACUACAGUGCUGCACUGUGAUUGGUCGGUGCUGCACUGUGAUUGGUCGGUGUGGGACCAGUCAUUUGCAAACGAUUCAGCCGGAUUCAAGACUGACUCUCUCAAGAGUUUGUGAACUCAAAAAAAUUGCAAGAAUUCAUGUGGCUAAUAUUUAAAUAUAAUAAUUUGAAAUUACUCUAUUUUUGGAACAGAUGGACUCUAUGGCUACUUUUCUCCAGAAAGAGCCAAAACCUUUCAAAAAGUGAUUAGAAAAAUAAAUGUUUAAAUUCUACAUUUGUUGUGAAUUAGAUGUAUGUUUUACUGGUGCUAUAGAGCUGGCCCUCUGUUUUCUGAGGGUCAGUACUUUUUUAUUAUAUUCUUUAUACUUGAAGUGAACUUUGAGGAAUAAAGUUAUGGAGCAAUGA